AUGUCAGGGGUGUUAAAGGUGUCCCACAAUCACAGGGGCGACAUCUGCCCCGCUGAAGUGCAGGCGGCGGAGUCUACGGCAGAGAACGGGAACUGGAAAGGUCACCACGGGAUUGGAACAAGCAAGCGAGGAUCGGCGGAGAGAGGAGGUGUCUGGGAAGGUCAGAGAGAGUGCAUGUGGAGGAGAGUGGAGGUUUCACAGUUUAGAGCGGUGGGGGAACAGUCGGGGCGGGUGUUGGAUCGCGUGAGAUGGAGUAAAUAUUAUGUGUCACGCUUCCAGGGAAACAGAGGGCUAAAACAAUAA